UGAAACCUGCUCUCAUCUACCCUCCUGAGCAUUCACUACCGGCUGUUCUCCUGUGUCCUUUGAUAGCCCAGACUGAGAUGGGCAAGCUCCUGCUCCUUCUCCUGCUGCUGGGGUCUUUUGCUUUUGUGUUCAUCCAAGUCCAAGCUACAGUGUGCAUGGUCUGCAACUCUUACAAAAGUGGACAUUGUUUGGCAGGCAAGAGCAACUGCACUACAAUAUACAAGCCUGGAUGCAGAACCAGGAAUUUCUUCCUAUUCUCACAAAAAGGCAAGUGGGUCCACAAUCAUACUGAAUUGGACUGCUAUAAGGCAUGUCUGCCUCAAAAUGUGUAUUUGGGAGCCUUGAAGAUAUCUACCUUUUGCUGCAAAGGUGAAGAUUUCUGUAAUAAAUAUCAUGGCCAAGUAGUGAAGAAGAUUAUUUACUAACUAUCAAUGCCUUCAGCAAUGGCACUGUGUCCCAGUUCCCCAUUUCCUCUUCCCAGGAUUUCUCAACAAUUCCCUCUGUAUGUUUAGCAUGAUGUAAACCUCCAUACAAAGUAUCAGUUAUGCUGAGAAAAAGAAAGAUAUAAGAAAUAAAUGAAACAUAAAAGUCAUAUAAGAUUGUACCCUCCUGGCUAUUUAAAAAAAGGGAGGAAGGAUCAUGCCUUCAAAGUUUAUGAAACGUUCUUUUCAUUGGCUAGAAAAGCUCACCAUUCUACGCAGAUGCUCAACUUUGAAAGGUCUAAUUUGAUAAAUGAUACCUAUUUUUCAUCAGUAAUAUAUGAUAAUGUAAUACACAUAAAAUGUAUUAUGAAGUACAUAUUUAAUCUUUUGUAGGAAUGCAUAUUAGAUGUCAAUUGCCCUUUGAGGCCCAGAGAAAAUAUCAGAGAUGCCUGAUUUGAUUUAGACUACCUUAAAUAUUAAUAAAAUUCACUCUACCAGGAAAUCUUCCCCAAUCUAUCAGCCAUAACAGAAGCAAGGAGAGAUAUGAAUCUAUUUCCCAAGACUCAAUGGAAGAAAAUAGGUCAUCAAACCUCCACCCUGGUGUUCAAAGUCUCAAACUCAUGUGUGGCUGUUCUAGCAUAAGAUCUUGUCUCUGGAUGUCCCCCAACUUGAAGAAAGACAAGAAGCACUUAGC